AGCACUUUUAACAAUAAGUGAUCAUAAUAUUGCACUUCAAGUUUGUAGACAGUAAAAGGAACGAUUUGGAAUCGUGGUGAUUUUUAUUGGCCCAUUUUAGCCCUCAGAUUCGGUCGCUUGAACACAACUACAGCUAAUCUUGGAGGAUUUUAAAGUUGGGAAUCAUUGCCGCUAGGAAGUGGCAGGCGCGGGCUGCCAGGCUGUAACCAGAGACAGGUGAUUACUCCGGAGUAUAUAGGCCAUACUGCCAGCAGGAGUGAAAGAUACCAGUGCCAUAUAUACGUAGCCAGACUACGUACAUGUACGAACCGUCUACAUCUACCUACAGCAAGUUAACGGAGAAGGAUUCAGACAGAGAUUGGUGGUACGAGUCGACUUUUCCUGUUCAAACAUUCGUUAUGUGAAUUUGACUUUACAUGCUAUGGAUUCUACGGUUUGCUUUGUUUUUCUGUUUGUUCUCCGUUAAACAACGCGCGGUCUUCGACAAACAUUUACUCUUUGCCGUGUGGAAAACAUAAGUGCAUGUUGAACGGCUAUCUGGGUUAUUUGGUCUAAAACAAAAACCUGCUUGGCCACCAUAUUGGAUUUUAUGCUGUGCGAAAGGCGAGGUAUGUAUGGGCGUCACAACCCUGGCGCAUCCACUGGACGGGGCUGCGGGUUAAGUGUCCUACCCAAACCCCCGAAGCCCCCUUCGUGGAGGGACUUCGAACAAAGACAGAAUGGUGCUAAGAACAUUGACUUCACAGACUUGAAUAGGGUGCAUCGGUCUGGCCAGGACCUCGAGAUCGGCCGCCAUCAUGGCCAUACUCACUCCAGUCACACAAAACCCGCGAAACGGACUAAAGCGAAAAUUCACCGCACACGGUCACAAAUGAUGAUCCACCAGUCGGAGAUCCCUGAUGUGGGUGUGACUGUCACUUUGGCAGAAACACACCCCAAGGAAAUAGGACUGAGGAAAAAAUACUACUCGGACGAACGGAUAUAUCUAGAUCAAAAUCAUGAAAAGUGCAGGGAAUGGUUGGCGGGUGUUCGGGCCUGUGAACCUUUGGAAGAUGUGGCAUUCUCCCAAGGAACUGGCGUGGAGGUUGAGGUCCCUGAGGAGAGUUCCCAGUGGACGAACUUAGAGAUUGUUAGACCUCAUAUCUCGAGUAGUGAUUCUUCUUCGGAGUGUGAGCCUCCGGACAGAGGUGGAGGUGGUGUGAAUUCUAGUUCUAAACGGACUAAACAAUUAGAGAAAGUCAUAAGUCCCCGUCAGGAACAAUACAGACCUUCCACUGUGCCUUCGGAAGAUCUGGAGAUGGGGGACUCUAAACUUAACGAGAGGAUUCGCGAGGUGAAGGUCUCGCCUCGGAGUACCAGCGGGAAACAGGGUUCUGUGGACGGUGCCACGACACGUGGAGGGUCACCCAGAUCGGGGGCUGUGUCAACCACGGUCCUGGGGUCGCAGUCAUCAGAUCUACCCAGGGUAGAGGUUCAUACUGGAUUAUCAUGAUAGUAGUGGUACAAUUUGUGCUUGGCAAAACUGGUAGUUUCAGGGGUAUAGGUAGUUAGGAUAUAGGUGAUCUAGAUCCCAAUAAAGGGUUGGCACCGCUUGAUGCCUUCAGCUCCUUGAGUAGAAUAAGUGACAGAAAGAAAGUAAUAAAAUUGUGCUUCCUCUUUUGCCAUGGAAAUGUUCCAUGUGAUCUCCUGAACCAUUAUCUCACAAUCAAAACGCAACAUUUUCGUGAUUUCGAAUUGUUCGUAAUGAGACACGCUUUUGUGUUUUUCCUCUCGUAACCUUGACAUUACCAGUUCAGCAAGGCACAUUUUGUAUUUUCAUCUGUGAUGGUCUUAUCCUUAUUGACAGUGGACCUUGGACUGUUUUCAUCUCACGAAGUGCUAGGCAAGUUCAGGAAGUGAAUGCACUUUCAUUUUCACUGCCAUGUGCUCUUGGAAAUGAAACGAACUAGACCUCAGAGCGAUAAUUAUCCUGAAAGAUAUUAUGUGUCUUUCAUUUCUUCCUGCACCAAAAUCAGCGUUUCCAGGUCAUAUUGAACCUGACAUGUAUUCAUUAUUUGUUCUUAAUAUGGCAAAAUGUCUAGUUGCUGUCAAAUCGGUUGACGGUUUCGCGACUCUCGAGAUUUCAGGACGAAUGCCAGCGCGUGUUUUACUUAAAGUACAGUGACGGCUCCUCGCGGUUUUACAGCAAUUUGGUUGCAUUUCUGUUCAUCCUGACAGCAUUUCUCCGUUCCUUCUCGUCUGCUAUGAAAAAGUGGGUAAACAGGUAAUCAACACCGCAGUGUUUCUCCACCUGUCAACAUGAUGAUAUAAGUUUUUGUUUUAAGAGAUUGGUGCACCGAUUAACCGCACCGUACAGGCAUUUUACCCGUGGAAAAUAUUGUUCUGAUUAUAGUGUAUGGUGUACUCUUAUGUUAAUUAGGUCGGUUAAUUGCUGUCAUACAGUAUGCAUGAAAUGCACUUUUCUGUUCAUGAUUGAGGUGACUGCGAUAGAACAAUGAUAGCCUAGUAAAAAAUACAUAAGUACUCCAUGAGUACGAAUACGUCGAGAACCAAGACACUUCUCGAACCUCUCUGUCAGUGUCGGUGUGACUUAACCUAUAGGUCGUCUACAACGACAGAGCGCCGCCAUUUUAACAAUAGUUUUAAAAGGGGACGAAAGGCAGGGGCCACAUGUCUAUUCAGUGGUCUCCAGGCGAUAUGCACAGUGAAAAUUGGGGCGGGUUUGACCUGCUGAUCCAAGUAUUCCUUGUACAAGGGAGAAUGGGUCCUACUAUUGGUGCGGUACUGUGAGAAGGGGGACACCUAUCGGAGAAUUCGUGAAAUAUCUGGCACUCCUGGCUCUUGCCUACAGUCUGCCUUUAAAUAUAUAGAUAUUUAAGGUCUUUCUGAAUAUUGAUCAUGCAAUAUUAUAGUAAACAUAAAAUUACGCAAGUGUUCAAUUUUCUCCUUUACCGUGGCUCUGUGUGUUACCAUCGGCAGUCUAGUGAUAGAGUUAAAAUUAGGCCAACUCGAAAAUCUUACGGCAUAGGCCUAAUCACCCGUUGUCACCAUUGGAUUGUCUCCCUAAUUAAGCCUACAAUUUGGCUCACUGAAUUAUAAUCAUGACCGACCGGUUUUUUGUUUUGAGGUCAAUGAUGUAUUCGUAGGCAUAGAUAGAUCUACAUUACAUGACAAUCAGAUUGAGAUACAUUGUUAUAUUGAUUAUCGUACUAAUAGACGGACCUCGUCGUCGCUUUCAGGCGAUAAGUGGAAUCAGUACGGUUUGCCGCAUUCCUGCAACAACCAUCAACUUUGCAACCAUAAACUCUAUCAACUUUGCAACCAUCAGCUGUCAUUCACGUUUAGUGCCACACCCUCUAUGGUACCUUGCAGAGUUCUCCCCCAAACACCUUCCAGAGGUGACGGUUGUCACACACCCUGCCAACAGUGAAUAUCAGCCUGAAUAUUAAAAUGAUUGCACAAACUCUUAGCCUAAAUCUGUGUCAAUCUCAUGUCACUCGCCCAGCCAAAUCCUCCAGUUAUGAUUUCAGAUAGUUUUAUAAUGAAGUCUAGGCCUAUUAGUGCAUGAAAAAAACGUGCGUCUACACCUAGGGCAAUCCUCUUUACUCUUGUUAAUCUGAUGUAUGACCUAAGACACAAAGUUUGUUUGUGGUUUAAAUGGUAUUUUAUGCUCUAUCCAGGUACCCCAAAGGCUUUUUCUUCUGAGAUUGGUGAAUUUUUAAAUAUGGUUAUUGAAAAAUAAUAUGACCAAAGCAAUUCAUA